AUGGGGUCGACUGACGUCUUGGCUGCUCAGAUCGACGCCAACGCCUCCGAUGCAAUGGACGGGCGAGCGCGACGUCCCGCCGAGAAGAACGCCGUCUGGAUGCCCUUGCGCCCGCGAAGCCUACACCAGGCUCCCGCAGACGCCGAGAUUGCGCUGCAUGCUUGGCGCAAAUUAUGUCUCUAUCAUGCAGUAUGCCAAGCCGCUAAUCAGCCCCCCGUCUCGCUGAACGAACCCAUACCUGACGAAUUCGCGCGACCCCCUAGCCGCCGGAGGCAUGCGCGGGAUUUUGGAGCUGAUAUAUGCGAUGACCUUGGUUCUGGAGGUGCCAUGGGCGAGUACUGA